CGCGGGUGAAUUCUGGAUAAUUCACAUUUGGAGAUAUAUGAAACCUAGUCGCAUUGCUCUGUAAACUGUGAGGACUCUCUAAUUUGUUCCACAACAAGAAUCAGGAAGCUGAUUUGAGUUCAGUGUGUGUCGAUAAGAGUUGCAGAAAGGGGGGAUUUUGAGGGAAUCCAUUACGUUGAUCAGAAAUUGAGGGAAUGGAAAUGUGGGGAUAGGAUUUUCGAUGGCCUUACUUUCGUAUUAGGGGCUGCAGGUACUGGUGAGAAUGCUUCCGCAGAGGUUGAAGAAGGUUGUUACAGACAACCCCAAGAAAGUUGCAUCUUUGAUCGACAUUGUGAAUUUGCCUACCGUGCUUAGAGAUUUCAUGGGCCAGUCUCAAAGUUCACAACUCGGUUGCUUUAAGCGUGUUUGGGGUUAUAUCAAGGAUAACAAUCUCCAGGAUCCAGUCAACAGGAAUGUAGUCAACUGUGAUCCGAAGCUGAAGAGCAUUCUAUUGGGCAAGUCCACGAUUGAUCUGACCGAACUUCCCCCGUUGAUCAAGUUGCAUUUUCCAAAGCAGCCUGGCAGUUGAGGGCUCUGGCUCUGCAUUUGCAGUUUUGAACUUGGUUUAAGUUUGUGUUGGUUUAAUGUAAUGCUCUAGUAUUUCAGUUUUAGUAAUUUCACAUAUGUUACUCUUUUGCAUUGAAAAAUAUUGGCUGGUAUGUUCUGUA